CAUUUUACUCCUUUUUGAAGCAGUCGCUUGUUUUAUCCCACUUUUCAUUUCACAAUCCCGUGCUCGUAUGUUCGACUUCUUCUGAUCAAGCUGGGUAUCGCCCCUCUCUUUCCUCCCGACAACAAGGUCUCCUAGAUCCCGGUUGAUUCUUCUCCUUUGAGAUGCUUAACUGUUCUAACACUCGCCCUCUCUCCACCCUCUUUUAACUUGAGAGACCGGUUAAGCUCGAGCGAACUGAACUGGGGCUGGAAUUUAAAAUAAAGCGGAAAACCCAAAGGGAUACGGCGCUCGUCUUUGGAUAAGGACCGCUAUCGCGUUUCCCCCUUGUUGCACUUUGGGGAAGAUUCUUCCCUUUUCACUUGCUCGUCGUUAAUCCAGGUGGCCUUGCUCUGAGUCUUCGGGAGGAUUAUUUCGCACGUUUUGGUGAAGAGAGAGAUCCCAGAAGGUUACUUUCAUGUUCUCCAUCCAGGACAGCCUCCCGCGGGGAGCUUUGACCAUGAAAGAGGAACCCCUCACGAGUGGCAUGACACCGGUCCGAUCGUGGAUGCAGAGCGCGGGGAUAUUGGACGCGAACACAGCGGCACAAAGUGGCGUGGGUCUGGCCAGAGCUCACUAUGAGAAGCAGCCGCCCUCCAACCUCCGCAAGUCCAACUUCUUCCACUUCGUGCUGGCGCUGUAUGACCGGCAGGGCCAGCCCGUGGAGAUCGAGAGGACCUCCUACGUGGACUUUGUGGAGAAAGACAAAGAAUACAACGGAGAGAAGACCAACAAUGGGAUUCACUACAGGCUACAACUACUCUACAGUAACGGGAUCAGGACAGAACAGGACCUGUACGUACGGUUAAUAGACUCCAUGACAAAACAGGCUAUCUUGUACGAGGGCCAGGACAAGAACCCGGAGAUGUGCCGGGUGCUGCUUACACACGAGAUCAUGUGCAGUCAUCGAUUUCUCUCUUCCACUAAAGCUCUCUCGCUCUCUCUCUCUCCCUCCCCCCCUCCCUCCUCAUGUCCAGGUUACUCCCGUAACUCCAACAGUGUGUCUCCUCGCGGCUACGUACCUACCUCCACCCCGCAGCAGUCCAACUAUAACACCAUCACGUCCACCAUGAACGGGUACGGCGCGGGCAUGACCAACCUGGGGGUCCCUGGGUCGCCCAGCUUCCUCAACGGAUCCAGCGCCAACUCUCCCUACGCAAUCACUUCCUACAGCCCUCCGUUAGGACCUACCUCCUCUCCCUCCUCCUACUCCUCCUCCUCCUCCAUCCCUCUCUUCUCCGCUGGACCCCUAGGCCCUUAUUCAUUCUCUCCUGUCCAUAUGAUCUCUGCAGUCAAACAGAAGAGCGCCUUCGCCCCUGUCGUGCGGCCACAGACAUCCCCGCCCCCCACCUGCACAACCACCAAUGGCAGCAGCCUACAGGCCAUGGCAGGACUCAUAGUCCCCCCUAUGUAAGGAAGACAUCCUGCCCUGGGAGGCCCACAGAAUCACCGACAAGCGCAGCUUGAAUUUCCCCGACCUUGUGGACAGAACUCCCGCUUUCCAGGAACCAGAACCGCAACACCACAAAAUCCAGACCGCCACAGUUUCACAGAACUUUUCAACGUCGCUAAAUUAUGUUUGUAUAGGUGCCCGUAGUCGACUUCAUGGUCAGCUCCUUCUUUAACAUCAGGGACACGAGUGAUCUUACUUGUCUGAACCAGAAGCACGCUGAUGAAAAGGUUAGCCAGUCUGAAAAUAUAGCAAUGUGAAUGAUAGACUUUGGUCUAAUGGCAGGUAUGGACACCUUAUUGUGUGAAUAUUGUCCCAGUUAACAAGGCUUAUUUGCAAGGCCGAAGUUUCCUUAGACUGGAUCAUCUUAAGAACUGGGCUACGACUCGGUUGAACCACUGUGAGUAGGAAAAACCAAUGAGAAUUGUCGACUACAGCUGAUGUAAAUGCAGAAUCCAGGAACUAUCUUUCUCUCUGUCAAAUUUCAAACAAUUAGUGUGACGUUGAACGGGAAUCUAACCCCGAUAACGUCAAAAAAUUCUCUUUAAAGAUCAUUGAUCUCUAACGUCAGUGUCUUUUAGCAUUUUCUUUGGUGUACCAUAGCUUCUAAUGGUGUGUGUAUUUAGCAUAUUUUGGAAGAAAAUUCUGCGAUUUUCUAAUCUAAUGAUGGUUUUGCGGAAUUCUGCCGGAAAAGCAAAUACAAAUGUUAUAAUAACAUUUCUUCACCAAUGUUAUCUCAGUAAUAUCUGGCCAACUCCAGGGUUUGUUUUUGGGUGUCAACCAUUUUUGAAAUACAGUACAAUAGUUGUACUUCCGGGUGUGUUGAGUGGUAGAUUUUAACCAGAAAUGCUUGCAGCAGUUUUAAUCACGUUUAGGUACCAGAUUUCUUGUUAUUCUUCUGAUUGUGCUUAUUUUGUAUGUAUUUAUAACGUAUGUUUUGGGAUUCCUUUUGUGAUUUAGGCCUGAAUGAUAGUCUCAAAUAUAUACGUAAACACAUUUGAUGUCUUAAUACCUUUUAGAUAUUGUAAAAAGAGUGAACAAGUGAGAGGAAGAACCUUUUUGUACAAACAAAAAAGUCUUGUCAUGACAUGGUCACCCUUGUUUUUGAAAGCAGGAUCAACGCUCCACCACUUUUGUAUAAAAAAACAAUAAUUUUCCGAUACUAUAUUUAACUUUUUGUAUACAACAUUUGUGUUUUUCCUCUUAUUAUUGUCCUUUGUGUAUUAUUGUGAAUUGUGUAUAAUCAGUUAUUUCUUAAUGCACUAUUUUAGUUGAGGCACUUAUAAGAGCGAAGCAUCUUAGUGAGCGGGGAGAAAAAGAAAAAGUUAAAAAAAAAAUAAAAGACGAAGGGUAGUACACAUAUGCACCCAUGUGUUUUUGUCAUUAUGGACUUGACCUUUCUGCCUGAAAUUGCAAUCUCCUUGUCAUGUGAAUUUGUAUAUUUCAGAAGCUAAUCCAUUCUUUUCUCCAUUCCUUUAAGUUGUUUAUUUGAAGGCAAAGCCAUCAGUUCUGUGGUUGAAGUUAAAUAUAUGUUGUCCAUCCUCACGAUGGACACAGCUCUCUUCAUUAUGUUUCGAUGAGGAUGAAUGUAUAGUGAAAGACAUACCCGUACUCAAGUUAAAAGCACUCAUUUGUAAGGAUCACUGAUCUCAAGGAACCUUCCAUUGAUGUUAAUGUUGUUGGUGGUGGUGUUAUCGUUGUUGCACACAAUCUGUAUCAUUUACUUAUGCAAUUGAGUUACUGUAAUGCAAGCUAUAGUUCCACAUCUCAGUGGAAUGUUUUCAAAAAUAAAGACAAACUACAUAAUUGAUGCCUUACAAUAGACCAUGCUCAAACACAAUGCCUUUAUUACUGUUAUUUAAAGCAUGAAGAACACUAAAAUGAUAUUUUUUUAUUUAGUAAAGGUUUCGAUUGAAAUUAUGAUGAAAUUACUUUGGUAUCCAGGGCCCAUUAGCCUAUAAGGCGUACUGAAUGUGUCGAGUCAGGGUUUCUUGGAGAAACGAUUCCACCCCAGACCCCACAUAGUCAAUCUUAAACAUCACAAUAAUGGUACAUAAUGUAUCUGACUGUAAACAAAUUAUGUGUAGUGAGGUAAAUCUCCAUUGGGUGGCAUUACCUAGUCAUAAUAUUAUUAUGAGGUAAAAGUCUGUUUGGCUUCGCUGGAAAAAAACAUUUUGAAUUAUGAGAAUGAGAUGUAGCUCUUAGAGCCCACUUGCACUCCUCACUAAACAUCUGACUUCAAUAUUGUUGACCUCUAAGCCCAUUUUGAAUGAAAACAUGGGAAUUUCUCCCCAAGUUAAAACUUGGCCAACUCCUCACAAUCCUUUCCUUCAUCUCCAUUCCUCAUAUCCUUUCCAUCCACACACUGAAUUUUCAAAUAGCUUGCAUUUUUUUUUUGGUCAUAGUUGUAGAAAGCUUGCUUUUGCCGCCCGGGUUUUCAGCAGAUGUUUUUAAAAACUGCAAAUUGUACUUUCUCAAUGUUUGAUUCAAUGUGAAAGGGGGGAUAGGUACUGCAUCUUUGUGAAAUAUGAAAUAUAUCAUCAAAUUAUAUCAAAGCACAAUGUUUAAUUAAUGUCUUUAGAAUACAACUGGUGAGAUUUCCUCCAGCUGUCGUUUCCCUGUCUUUGACCAUGCUGUACAUACUUGCAUGUUUUUUUCUGUGAUCCAGUGCUUUUUGUACAGAAACAGUCUAAUAAAGAUUACAUUUGGCUUGGC